CCUGUGGUCGCGUUAGAAGUGACGCUCAGUGAUGUAGUGGCACAGAGUGAAGUCUAUUAAAACACAUUCUUAUCAGUUGUUUUUUCGUUUAUUUAAGGUAUUUGGUAUGAGUUGCAGUAUCAGGGUGACAUUAUUUUGUCUUCUCUUAUUUCUGGUACAGUUCUCCGGGCGAGUGUGCUGGGAGCUAAGUACUGUAGUCUGUAAGGUGCCUUUCGUCUGCGGAUGUGAGCAGCAGGACUUUAGACCCGACUUGGCAGGUUUAAACAUUUGAAGAGUUGGAUUGAGGGUAACCUAACUGUUUGUGGACGCUCGGUUUUCAUAUUUGAUGAGAUUGACCAGAUGCCACCAGGUUUGAUUGAUGUGAUUGAGCCUUUCCUUGGUGGCUCCUGGGUGGUUUAUGGCUCCAACUACAGAAGGUCUUUCUUCAUAUUCAUAAGCACCAGAGGAGAAGAACAGAUAAACCAUGUGGCUGUGGAAUUUUGGAAGGCUCAGAAAGACAGAGAAGAGAUUGAACUGCAAGACUUGGAAUCUAGCCUCUCAAAAGCAAUUUACAAUGACCAAAAGAGUGGACUUUGGCAUUCUAAAGUAAUAGAAAAGAAUUUAUUUAAUUUCUUAGUGCCAUUUCUUCCACUGCGGCCUCAUCACGUUAGAGAGUGCGUGAAGAGUGAGUUGCGUCUCCGGGGCAUGCCAUUGGUCUCCAGGGUUGUUGACUCUGUGGUGACUAACAUUACUUUCUUUCUCAAUGAUAUGUUUUCUUCCAUUGGUUGCAAAACUGUAGCUGCAAAACUCAACAUACAUCUCUGACACCUAGUGUUGGCUGGUACCAGUAAUCAGUUUAGAAGAAUCUUUGAAGCCGAUAGAGUAAAAACAUGAAACAAAUAUGUGGUGCUAACACCUGGUUCAGCCCGUGUAGAAUAUCAAGAAUGCUUUUACUGCAUACAGCAGUUUCUCUAGAGACCAAGAAGUGCACUUUAUCUCUUAAGAGGUAUACAGAGGUAUACAGUUGAUUUACUGUGAAUCAUUUUAACACUGAGUAGUGCUUCUAUUCCAUGUUGAUUCUUAAUGUCAUGAGAUUUUGCAUAUUUUAAGCAGUCAUAUUUAUUUGAGCGUGUAAAAAUAAUUAAUUCUUAUAUGCUGUGUUUGUGUAUUAGUCUGACAAAUCCAUUUGCUAACAUCAGUUUCUUGGAACCAUUAUAUGCAAUAUGAACAGUUGUGUCAUAUGUGGCAGAUGAAAACUUCAAGGGUCGUGGUUUGAUUGUUGCAUUUAGAAUAGUUUACUUUGAUGCAUAUGAUGGUACCUGACCCUUUUCAUUCUUUAACAUUUGGCAACAAGUCCUGGAAGAACUGUACGGUUUUCUAGCAUCUGGCGUGCCCUUUCUUAGCCACAACUUAUUUCUUAUUAGACGCUUCAAUAGAAGUGAUACAAAUUCCUGUUUCUUAUCCAGAAAAAAAGGUUCUUGUUAGCAUUUCACAAGGAAGGACUGCUGUACUGUAUUUUCAGGCAGCUGGACUUGGGAGAGUAGUUCUGAUAGUGUUGCACAUAUAAGGGCAACUUCAUUCAUAAAUAGUAUAGAUGGCAUUUCCUUAGUAUUUUCAAGAUUUCACUGGGACAUUACUUCAGAGGUUCACACUUUUUGCCUCUGAUUUUAUGUGCAUUAUUUUAGUAAAUCCAGUUUAUAAAACAUGUUGGCAAGAAUUAACAGUUACUUAAAUGUACAGAGGACAUGCUCACCCACUUGUGUAUGUAUUUGCUUUCGAGCACAAAUAUCUAUAUGUUUUCUUGAACUUGAAUACAGUAUUUCAGACUUGUGAAAUUCAUCAGAUUGUAGCUGGUCAGCCAUUUGGAAGGGGAUAACCAGUAGACAUCUUUUUGUUUGGAUGAGGGUCCAUGACCCCUGGUUUAGAACAUAGAAAGGAUAAUUCACCUCCAUGACAAUUAUAGUCUCACACACAAGUCACUCCCUUUCAGAAAAGUACUUCUGCUACAUUGCCAUGGACAACGUUGGCUUUCAUUUCUACCAGAAUGAGUGCUGCUGACGUGUCAUUAAUAUUAUGAUAAUCAGCAAUAGUCAUUAGUGUUGUUAUGGUUGCCUCCUACUGUUUUUCAUUCUUUGCUGUUCUAACUGCAGCUUUGUGCUCAGCCCUUAUGAGAUAUCAGGAGCAUCUUCCCAGUGGUCCAUGGUCAAUUUGUGGCUCUUAAUCCUUAUGAGGUAGGGUUUAUAAGUUAUUUGAGGAACUGCCAAAUAAACUUUAACUUCAACGCACACUGUUUUAGAACAUACUCACUAGAUGCAGAUGUUGGCCUGCACAAUAUUUCUCAUCACUCCUUCCAGUGCCAGCCACUCUGUCAUUACUUGUAACUUUAUCAACUGUCCUAAAACAGGAGGUACCUUGUUGGAAUCUCCAAAUGUUCAUCUUGGAGAUCAGUCAGGGUUUAGCGUUGCUCUGUAGUCACUGUCUCUGUAGGAUCUGCCUGCUAUCUUCAUGUAUGUCUUCUUAUAUCAAUGCAUUUAACUUUCAGACUGGGACAUGACUGAAAAGGAAAGACCAGUACCCUUAUCUGGUUAACAAACCAGAUUAAAUUAAAAUUAUUUGAUACUAGCAGAAUAUCAGUUGCAGUUUUCCAGCCAGAUAUUCCUUUAAUCUCAUACCCUGGUCAUUGUGAGAAAGUACAGCUAUAGAACAGCAUGCUUUGUGUGCCCUGUCCUAUUUUUUUUUUGCCACUGAAAGUGAACAUUCACUUCACUUUGCUUCAUAAGUUUGUCAUUCUGCAGAGUUUAUUCUAUGGCCAUGUUAGAAAAACUUUCCAUUAUUAUUAUUAUUGUUGUUGCCGAUAACCUAAGUGAACUUUCAGUGCUUUGGAACUGUGUGCAAUGAUGUUCCCAGAAAAAAAAAAUAUAGUAGUAGGUGCAUUUGUGGGUAUCAAGUUUCUCAUAAGGACUUUCAUCUUAAGCAUUUCUUUGUUUACAAUCAUGACAUAUAUUAACACUGUGCUACUUUUAAUAAAAUUGCAAAUAA